CCCGGGGGAGACAAGCGAGGCUUGAUUUGACUUCGCUUCGCUUCUUCGGCUCCUGGUGGUUUGGAAGAUGCUGGCCCGGUUCCGCCUUUCCUGCGGGCUCCUGCUAGCCGCCCUACUCGCCUUUGCUCACGCAGGCAAAGUUUUCUGGCUCUUCCGCCAGCAUGUCGAGCGGCAGCGCGAACAACAAGCCAUGAGGGAAGUGCAGAUGCGUUGGCAGCUGCAGAGCCAGUUUAGGCCAACGAUGCUAAAUUCAAUCUCCACUAAGGUGGGGGUCAUCCCUCAGCGUCUGGAUCACUUCAACCGUCAAGAGAGACGCGUCUUUAACCAGCGCUACUGGAUUAAUGAGCAAUUUUGGCAGCGUCCCGCAGGGCCCAUUUUCCUCUACAUUGGAGGGGAAGAAACCCUCACGCCGUUUUCUGUGGUGGCCGGACAUCAUGUAGAUUUGGCAGAGAAGUACAAAGCGAUGGUGGUAGCAUUGGAACAUCGCUUCUAUGGGACCAGCCUUAAUCCUGAUGGUUUGCAGGAUGAAAAUCUUCAAUUCCUGUCUAGCCAGCAAGCUCUCUCUGAUCUGGUUGCCUUCCGCCAUUUUAUCACCGAGAAGUACAACUUGAGAGCAAAUCACACCUGGAUUUGCUUCGGAGGCUCGUAUCCUGGUUCUUUGGCUGCCUGGUUUAGGCUAAAGGUAGAUGUCAACUCGUAA